ACAACAAAGUUUACCAGUGCGUUGGAUAUACCUGUGGAGUUUGUCAAAAAGAAUGUGAAAUUGCGGGGAGAGCUCCAUCACGUAACUGCGGAAGGCCUGGCAGUUGAACACAUUCCCAUUAGCAUUCCUUUCCUUACGUCCCUACAGAGAAAAUGGCAAUCGAAAGGUCUUCUGCUGGUGAGGCUGGCUGGGGUGGAGCUGGCUCCGAGCGGGGUGGCCUGGCUGCAGCAGGAGCUGAAACCCAAACAGGUGAUGUGGUUCCAGCUUCUCGGAAGGGAGGACUUGACACUCGAGUGCCUUGUGCUAGUAAAUAAGGGUCGGUUUCUCAGCGUGUGCUUAAACGAAGAGAUCCUGAGACGAGGGCUUGGCAGGACAGCGCGCAUCGAAGGGCUGCAUCAUCAUUCCCGCCUGUACUGGAAACUUCACAGAAAACUCCUUCAAGCAGAGGUUAAGGCCUUGAAGAAAAAGAAAGGAAUAUGGCAAGAGGAAAGCUACUCUGAAAGGAUUAGAGAUCGUUUGAGCAACAGUAGAUUUGUACAGACAUUGAAGCAGUUUGGGGUCUGGUUAAGAAGCUCUAUAUAA